AUGGCAGCCGAGCCGACACGGACGCCGGUCGAAGCCGAGGAGCUCUGGCUGCUGCUCGUCUGGCUAGAAGUUUGCGAGGAGCUGGGACUUGAGUUCGAGCUCGAGCUCGAUUGGCUCGCCGAGUUGGAGGAGCUGGCGCUGGCGCUGGCUACCGAAGACGAGGCGGAAGCCGAAGCGGAAGCGACCGAUCCAGAUGCAGUGGCAGACGACGAUGAAGAGCCCGACUGGGUUGCAGCCGAAGCAGCCGAGACGAUCCUACCCAAACCCCAGGGGAUCGCAGGUCCCUCUGGCUGCUUAGCGUAA